UCUGGUUGGGAGUUUUAUGGAGGUGUGGAAUGAGCGGAGGCGGUGCCGCACCUAGCGACCAGAGCUACCGUGGUGCCUUCUUUAUCUAACCAAACUCCUAAAUGGGGCUCAUGUGUUGAAUCUUCACAGAAUUCAAUAAAAAAUAAUAAAAUGUACACCACGGAGCGUAGGCGCGUGAGCCUGCGCCAGUCGAAGAGGAGGGAUCCCAUCCGGGUGUCCGCUGGAAGUUUUUGGCAGGACGCGCUGGCGCUGGAGCUCAGCGCCUGCAACGGCUCCGGUAAACAACUCGUCUCUCCACGCAGUCGGACCGUGGCUUACAUCGUCAACGAAGACGCGUCGGUGCCGCAGACGGAGGAGAACUUGUCGCUGAAAUGUUUAAAGGAAGCCUGCGCGGACGCGCACGCGACUCUAAAGACCAUUUCAUUCGAUAAGAUAUCAGUAGGAACCACAGACAUCCUGGAUUGCUUCUAUAACGCAGAUGUCGCAGUGGUGGAGAUGAGUGACUCCUUCUGCCAGCCGUCCCUCUUCUACCACCUGGCAGUGAGAGAGGGCUUCAGCAGCAUGACGAACAACAUCAUCCUGUAUGGGUUCAAGCCAGAGAGUGACCUGCAGGCUGUCAAGGAGCAAUGUGGGAGUUACACCUUCAUCCCUUACUUGGUGUCACCUCACGGCAAAGUGUUUGCUUGUGAUGCCACCAUGAUGUCUGGGAUCCAAGAGCUGAUGCAGCCCAGCAUCCAGCUGGAGCCCAUUCUCACCCCGCUGGUGGAGAGACUGGUGCAUCUGCUGAGCAGUGUCCACGUUCAGUCCAGCGAGUAUUUUCGGGAGACAGUCAGGCAUGAGAUCCGUUUGGCACGGGAGCGGUUCAGUGGAGACGCACUGAGAGAGGAGCUGGGCCGCAUCCAGGAACGCCUGGAUAGCGUGGACCUGCUCACACCUGAUAUAGUCAUGAACCUGCUCUUGUCCUACAGGGACGUUCAGGACUACGACGCCAUGAUCAAACUGGUGGAAAAUCUGAAUAAGCUGCAGAUGUGUCAGGUGGCAAAGCAUCAGAAUAUCAAGUUUCACUACAUAUUUGCUUUGAACAGGAGAAAUCACGGCGAAGAUCGUGACAAGGCUUUGAAAGAGAUUCUUCCGAUUGUCCAGUCAGGAGAGAAAGUGGCGUCAGACUUCUACUGCCUGUGUGGACGGAUCUUCAAAGAUUUGUUUAUGAGCUCGAAGUUCUCCGACACACUCAGCAGAGAGCAGUCCUGCUAUUGGUAUGGAAAAGCUUUUGAGGCAGAGCCGACUCUCCACUCGGGCAUCAACGUCAUGGUCCUCCUGAUGGCAGCUGGGCAUGACUUUGAGACUUCUAUUGAGAUGCGCAAAAUAGGUGUGACGAUAAACACGCUGCUUGGUAGAAAGGGCAGUUUGGAGAAGAUGAAUGACUACUGGGAUGUAGGUUUCUAUUUCGGAGCAAACAUCCUUUCCAACGAUCACAGGAAAGUAAUCGAUGCCUCAGAGAAGCUCUACAGACUAAAAGCCCCAGUUUGGUAUUUGGUGUCCAUUAUGGAGACGUUCAUCUUGUACCGUCAGUUUGCGAAGCUGCCUGAAGUGAAAUCUCCCAAACAGGAAACGAUGGACUUCUGGACGGAGUUGCUGCUGCAGUCCUGUAAACCCACCGUCGUAAACGAUCGCUGCCCUGUACUCAUUCUGGAGCCAAGUAAAGUCCUCCAACCUGCUUUCGUGAGCGUGAGCGAAGAGGACGAGAGUUGCACCGUUCGGUUAAAACACGUCACCCCUCUCAACAAAGGCUUGCACAAGUGGACUUUCCCAGCAUCUGCUAUCCGGGCAGUGAGUGUAUCAAAGAUCGAUGAGCGGUGUUGCUUCCUGUAUGUCCACUACAACUCUGAUGACUUCCAGCUUUGCUUUCCCAACGAGAUCCACUGUAAGAGCUUCUGUGAGUUGGUGAACUCUCUACUUCACCAAGAUGACGAGGCCCCGUCGCAGGACCAACAACUUUCAUCGGAGGAAGAACUGGAGUUCAUCUAUGAGACCAGCGAAAAUGGUGACAGGGUGGUUCUUGGGAAGGGGACGUACGGCGUGGUGUACGCCGGGAGGGAUGUGAGCAACCAGGUUCGCAUUGCCAUCAAGGAGAUCCCAGAGAAGGACAGCACGUACUCACAACCCCUCCAUGAGGAAAUAGCUCUGCACAAACGGCUCAAACACAGGAACAUUGUUCAGUAUCUGGGCUCCGUCAGUCAGGACAAUUUCAUCAAGAUCUUCAUGGAGGAAGUACCAGGAGGCAGUUUGUCUUCUCUUCUGCGCUCCAAAUGGGGUCCUCUGAAGGAUAACGAGCCCACCAUCAUCUUCUACACCAAACAGAUCCUCGAGGGACUGAGAUACCUUCACGAUAAUCAGAUCGUCCACAGAGACAUAAAGGGAGACAAUGUUCUGAUCAACACCUACAGUGGAGUGUUGAAGAUCUCUGACUUCGGAACCUCAAAGCGUUUAGCAGGAAUUAACCCCUGCACUGAGACGUUUACUGGAACUCUUCAGUACAUGGCUCCAGAGAUCAUAGACAAAGGACCUCGAGGUUAUGGGAAGCCUGCAGACAUAUGGUCUCUGGGGUGCACUAUUAUUGAAAUGGCAACAGGCAAAACACCCUUUCAUGAGCUGGGAAGUCCUCAGGCUGCCAUGUUUAAGGUGGGCAUGUUUAAGAUCCACCCAAAUGUUCCAGAGUGCAUGUCCAACCAGGCCAAGGACUUCAUCAUGCAGUGUUUUGAGCCAAAUCCAGACGACAGAGCUAUUGCUGCAAAGCUGCUGAUGGACAAUUUUCUCAGGUCUUCUCCCAAGAAGAAGACUAAUAUCCCCAAAAAAUCCGAACAAAAAGACUUUGACCAUCCCGCCGAUUAUCUGCGCAGCAUGUCUGUGCCCAUCUCCAUCUUUGUGGAGGACACAGAUUCAGACUCGGGUUCCGUAGAUCUGACUGCUUCUCUGGACCUCAGGCGGCGCCAGCACGCCAAAAGAGCCAACGAAAUCUCAGGAAGCCCACCUUGCACCAACAGCUUCCUGCAAACAGCCGACGAUUCUGCUUCAGGCAUGUGCAGUCCCGCCACAUCAGAGGAAAACAUCGGGCUUUUCAUGUUGCGAAAGGACAGCGAGCGGAGAGCGACACUCUAUAAAGUCCUCACCGAGUACAUCAGUCAUGUUGUCUGUAACAUUCAGGAGUCUUUGUCUCAGAAAGGUGAGGCAUCGCCGCUCACCUCGGAGCACAUCAGCUCACUUAUUACUUGCCUGCGAGACAACAUCCACUCUCCAGACAAAAAGCAGCUGACUCGUGGCCUGCAGGCACUUCGCUCCACUCUGUUGGCUGCAGCAGUACCUCUGAACAGCCUGCAGGCGGUGCUCUUUAACUUCCAGGAUGCAGUGAAGAAGGUGUUGAAGCAGCAGCAUGUGAAACCUCACUGGAUGUUUGCGCUGGACAACCUGCUGACACAGGCGGUACAGGAUGCCAUAACGAUCUUACUACCAGCCCUGAAGCUCCGUCUGCAGUCCUCGUUUGAAGGAGACGACAGCGGUCCAGAGGAGCUGCAAGCUGAUGAGGACACUCCUGUGUUUGCUUCUCCUAACCAGCUGAAGGCGCCGGCAGACGUGCAGCUGGCAGUGCCAGUAGAGGAAAUCAGACCUAGAGCCAGUCCACACUCUCCUCCUGAUGUCACCGUUAGCAGCAGCUGUUCGCUGAGCCAGAACCUCAGAGACAUGAGAAAAGAGACCUGGAGACUGCUAAACCUGCUGAAUGAGAAGGAGUGGGAGUACCAGGACCUGCUGAGGAACUCGGUCCAGAAGAAACAGGAACAGAUUGAUGCGAUGAAGAAAGUAGCGGUUGUUGAAGAGGAGGAGUUGGUGUCAAAGAGAAACUCUAACACCGAGAUAAGGAGUUUAGUACACUGGCUGAAGUCUGUCCCAGUGGACCGGGACACUAUUGAUAAGCUGCUCUCCAAUGAGUUCACAUUGGACUGUCUACUCCACAUAGCCUCCAGGGACGACUUAAUGUACUGUGGAUUAAGAGGCGGCAUGCUCUGUCGACUCUGGGCAGCCAUCACAACUCGCCGAAAGACCCAACUGACCACGCACAUGGAGGACAACGAGGACACUCAGCUGUAGAUGUUGCUCAUCAGAGGAGGAGAUAACUGACAGACUGGGUCUGAGUGAUCUUCAUGAACCAAGCUUCUUCUGGGAGCUAGAAGAGGUUUUAGUUACUGUGACUGUUUUUUUUUUCCAUAAUACACUGACAAGAUAGAACUUAAAAGUCUUUAACUAAAUGUUGGCAUCAAUUUCUUGUCUUUGUUUUAUUUUCUCAGGUAAGCGGGACUCUGACAGUAUUAACUAAACUUAUUUUAAGUGUCUUAUUGAUAAAAAGGUCUAAGUUAUUGGGGUUCUACAAAUGAAUCUCUUUUAUAUUAUGAGGAAAAAUAUUGAUAAUUUGUGCUUUAACUACGUCCAAACUAAUUUCUAUAUUAAACACGAGAACUUAA